GGCUCUCCCCAGAAACAGAAUCUGCCAGGGCUUGAUCUUGGACCUCCCAGUCUCCCGAAUUGCGAGAAGUUAAUUUCUGUCAUUUAGAAGCCCCCCCGCCUCCCCAUCCUCGCCCCCUGCCUCUGCUCUGUGGCACUUUGAUAGCAGCCUGACUGGCUAAGACGGGAGCAACCCUUCUCAAGACCUGAGAUGCUCUUGACCAGAACCUUUUGUAAUGUUUUCUGGGUAAUAACUUAUGAUAGAUCAUUAGUGAACUUAAUAAUGGUAAGCCCAUUAUUUAAAGGUGAUUAUGAUAAUUGGGCACUAAUGGGAAUUGAACAUUCGAGUGUAAUAAGUUUAAUUCAUUGUAAGAGAAUUUUUUUGAAAGAUUAUCUACUAACUUCCUGUGUGAAGUUUGCUGUUGGGACUCUGCAGAGGAGAGAAAUUUAAAUGUUUGAACUUUUUAAAAAUUGUGCUGUUAUUUUAAAAACACAUUUGACAUAUGUAAGGGCGUAGGACUAGGCCUGGUCAAGAAGAAGAACAGAGCAGAAGUGCAUGAACAGUUGCCGUAUCGCCGGUGCCCACCCUUGGGUCAGGGUUCAUUCUGCACACUUCACGUGAACUAACUUGUCCGGUCACCGCUGCAGUCUUCUGAUGCGAAAGCCAGACAGGCUAUCCUGAAGGAGCGAGAGGAGGGGAGGCAACGUACAAGCUUCAACGACAGAGAGACUUCCAAAAUUGAAGAGGGGCGUGCACUCUGAGUCUGGAAAGCAUGUGGACUCCUAGACGAGCUGGAUAAAAUGAAUCCCAUCCGGUGACCCAGACAGUGGGACGACAGAACACUGAAGAGGAGGAAACUGAGGUCACAAGAGAGCAAGAAAGCUGCCCUGCUCACCCAGCUGGCCCGGGCAGACCAGAAGAGAAGCUGGGGGAGGCCUGGGUGGCCCCAGCCCCUGCUGCACCUGCCGACCCUCCCAGGCCCUGGAAGUCGGAGGUCCCUGAUGCGCACACACUUGGCCCGCCGCAUCCAUCCAAGAGGCCCCAUGGCACCCUGCCCCGUCCUGCAGAAGGAGAGAGUGUUCAGGUCGGGAACCCACGCCUACAGAAUCCCUGCUCUGCUCUACCUGCCGCAGCAGAAGACCCUCCUGGCCUUCGCGGAAAAGCGUGUGAGCAAGAAGGACGAGCACGCUGAGCUGAUCGUCCUGCGCAGGGGGAGCUACAGUGCGCCCACCCACCAGGUGCAGUGGCACGCUCAGGAGGUGGUGGCCCAAGCCCAGCUGGAGGGCCACCGGUCCAUGAACCCAAGCCCCUUGUAUGACGAGAAGACAGGGAUCCUCUUCCUCUUCUUCAUUGCCGUCCCCGGGCAGGUCUCUGAGCACCACCAGCUCCACACCAAGGUCAACAGGACACGGCUGUGCCAAGUCACCAGCACGGACCACGGGAGGUCCUGGAGCCCAGCCAGAGACCUCACGGGCUCUGCCAUCGGCCCCGCCCACAAGGAGUGGGCCACGUUCGCGGUGGGCCCGGGGCACUGUCUGCAGCUGCAGAACGGGGAGCAGAGCCUGCUGGUGCCCGCCUACGCCUACCGGAACCUGCAUGCCCACCUGCAGCCCAGCCCCUUCGCCUUCUGCUUCAUCAGCCACGACCACGGGCUCACGUGGGAAAGAGGCAACUUUGUGGCCCCGGACACCCUGGAGUGCCAGGUGGCCGAGGUCGGGGGUGCGAAACAGAGGGUGGUGUAUCUGAAUGCUAGAAGCCUCCUCCACGCCAGGGUUCAGGCCGAGAGCACCAACGACGGGCUCGAUUUCAGCGGCAUCCAGCCGGUGCAGAAGCUGGUGGAGCCCCCCCACGGCUGCCACGGCAGCAUCGUCAGCUUCCCCAGCCCCAGAGCAGGGUCAGGCUCCUCGGACAAGUGGCUGCUAUACACUCACCCGACCGACCCCCAGCAGAGGUCCGACCUGGGCGCCUACCUCAACACGCGGCCUCCGGCCCCCGAGGCCUGGUCCCAGCCCGCGCUGCUGGCCCACGGCAGCUGCGCCUACUCAGACCUGCAGAGCCUGGGUGUCGGCCCCGAUGGCUCACCCCAGUUUGGGUGUCUGUACGAAUCUGAUAACUAUGAGGAGAUCAUCUUCCUCCUGUUCACCCUGAAACAAGCCUUCCCAGCUGAAUUUUCACCUCAGUGAGCCUGCCCGGUGCUGCCCCCCCACCCCAAUUCUUGUUCCCCCCGACCGAGAGACCGAUGGGUCUGCCUCUGACCUCGCAGGUGCUCUUGGUUCCCAUCGUCGAAAGUGUGAGGUCUGUCUUUGGCCCCGUCCUCCUUGGCUGUUUCACCUUCUCAGAAGAUUCUGUUUUCAACCCAGAAACCAAAGGAGCCUGGCUUCCCAGGGCAUCUCGCUGGGGCAGGCGCAGAGAGCUCCGUGUGCUCUCAGCCCCGGCUCCUGUGCACAUCUCAAUAAAGUAUCCAGCGCAUCCCACUUCUUCUUGGGGAGAGACGUGUCUGGGGAAAGGCCGAGACAAUGCCGUCAGUGAGCAGAGACGUGCGGCUGUGGGUGUACUGGAGUGUGUCUGUGUGCGUCUGCUCAGGCAGACGGGUGGGGACAGCUUGAAAGGGAGGAAAGCCAGCGUCUAGAGAAAUUGAGCUCACUGAAGCCAUCGGACCAGUUUCCCAGGGCUGCCGCGAAGUCACCACAAAGCUGCCGGCUAAAACAACAGAAAUGUGCUCUCUCACAGGUCUGGAGGCUGCAUGUCCACAGUCUGGGUGUCCGAAAGGCUGUACUCCACACUUCCUCCCCCCCCACCAAGUCUCUAGGGCAGGAUCCUUCCGGGCCUCUUCUGGCUUCCGUGGCCCCAGGCCUUCCCGGCUCACGGCUCCGUCACUUUAAUGCCUCUGUCUUCUGAUGCCUUUCUCCUCUUCCCACGGCACCUCUUCUGUCCCUUGCCAGCACACCUGUCAUUGGACGUAGGGAGCACCUGGACAAUCCAGGGUAAGCCUUCACUUAAUUACAUCGGCAAAGACUCUUUUCCAAAUAAGGCCACACUCACUGAUUCUGAGAGUUAGGACCUGGGCGUGUCUUUGGGGGCCGCUGUUCAGUCCACUGCAGUUAUAAGAAGUUAUUUUUGUGCAGGUGACGAGGCUAAAGGUACAGAUGAAAUUCUGAUCAAUCAGAUGACUCCGAAGUGUGGAGGGGGCGGCAGGGAUUGAGCUGUUGAAUGCACGUCUGUGACACAGAGCUGCUCUGGGGCACGCAGUCUUCAUGGUGACAGCUAUGUCACCAGGUGGAGGUGGAGACAGAGGAGAAAGGGUGACGCUGACACCUAUCUGAGCUCCGGGGUCUUCAGGGACUUCGGUCACGUGUCCCUGUGGAAGAGUUGGCUCUCUUACCUAUUGAAUCAGCCAGGCAAUCUGGUGACAGAGGGGUCAAUGACAAAGGCACAAAGGCGGUGGUUGGUGCAGUUGAGCAGUGUCCCAUGUGGCCAGGCAGUGGGUAGGUAGAAUUUUCACAGUGAGUGGAACUGGAGCUGUGGCUUUGGUGCUGGGUGUGGCUCCCGGGACUAGCCUCUUGCCUGGAGGCUGCUUCUCCUUGUGGGGUUUUAAUAAAUCCAGCUGGAAAGAUGGGGAAUUAGGGCCUGGCUGUUGCUGGGACAGGCCCCUCUGCUUCGGAGAUGCCCACCUGGUAUCCUGCACACCUGCCAGGGCAGCUGGUGGGGGCGGAGUGAGGGGUCUGAGGCGGAGUGAGGAAGGCGAGUGAAGGGCGUGCAGGUGAGAGGCCACACACCCUCAAGGGUGAGCAGUCCCACUGUGCACUAUCCAAAUCAGGUCACUUCUGCGAGAGCAGUGCUAUUAAUUAUCACACCAACACAAUGGGCAUUAACCAAGCUCGUCCCAGGCAAGCAGAGAGGUUUAAGAGAGAAAGACCCACUGAGGAUCUUACUGGGGACUGGCCACCUCUAACCACUCUGGAAGAGUUUAUUUCCUGUCCAGGGUCAUGAGUGAGGCAGACUAGGAGAGGGUAUCUGGCCAAGCAGAACAUUCCUGUGUUAGACCCCCACCCAUCACAGAGGCUGGUGCGUCUCAAUUCCAACUGCUUGUUUGAAUUCCCUGGGGAGCUUUUAAACCAGGCUGAUUCUGGGACUCCAGCCCUGACCCACUGAUUCAUAAUCUCUUGGUGUGGGGACCCAGGCAUCAGUAUUUUUUUCCAAAAGCUCCUCAAGUUAUUCUAGUGGCCACAAGACUUAAGAACCAUUGGCACAGAUGAUCUCUAGUUUUCCUAGUUCCAAACGUAUACAAACGCCAGAGUCUUCUGAUGUGAAUUUUUAAAAAGCUAGAGUUGGUUUGGUUAAAGCUAAACUGAUCUACUCUUUGAAACAUACCACUCGGGCCCUGGCUGGCGUAGCUCAGUGGAUUGAGCGCGGGCCUUCAAACAAAAAGAUUGUGGUUCGAUUCCCAGUCAGGGCACAUGCCUGGGUUGCAGGCCAGUUCCCAGCAGGGGAUGCAGAGAAGCAACCAUACAUUGAUAUUUCUCUCCCUCUCUCCUUCCCUUCCCCUCUAAAAGAUAAAUAAGUAAAAAUUAAAAAAGAAAAAAGAAACAUACCACUCGGGGUGAAACAAAAAGCUGUAGAUGGGAAAAUGCAUUUGUUAUACGUACAUCUGACAAAGGACUUGUAUCCAGAAUCUAGAGAGAGCAACUACAAUAAAAAAAAGAAAAACUGAAAUAAAAAUGGGCAAAAGGCUUGAACAGGCACUUCACAAAAGAGGAUAUCCUGAAGGCAGCCACACACGCGGUCGUCAGGAAACUGCACGUUACAACCUGAGACAUGUACACACUUGAAUGACUAGAACUAGAAACACUGGCAGCAGCGAGCAGUGGCAAGAAUGCAAAGCAACCAGAACUCUGCUGCAUUUCUGGAGGAAGUGUAACUAGUGUGAGAGAGGCUCGGUAGUUUUUACUAAAACUGAACAGACAAGCGCACUACAUACGACCGAGCAAUGCCACGCUGAAGCACACAUCCAGGAAAAGGGCCUAAGCACACAAGUGAAAACAUUUACAGCAGCUUCAUUCAUGCGAGUCCCAACCUGGAAACAGCCCAGUCGUCCCUGAAACACGAUGGUAACUGCACUGGGCAGCCUGAUGCAAUGGAAUAUUACCCAGUAAUCGGAGAGUGAACUGCUGCUGUGUGCAAUGACAUGGCUGGUUUUUAGACAGUAUCUCGAGUGAAAGAAGGCAGAUUCAAAAGAGUGCAUACUUUAAGAUCUCCUUAUUGGAAGUUCAAGAGCAGAGAAACCACCCUGUGGUAUGUAAGUCCAGAGAGUGGCUGGGUCUGGUGGAGGGGAACUGUUCGUGGGAAGGGCUGGAGGAUGGCUCCCGGGGGCUGGGAACUUUCCUGUGUGUGGCCUGGAGCUGGUCAGGAGGGUGUGCAGUGAUCAGCUCACAUGAGACUUGCGCCCCUUGCUGUGUGGUUAUAUCUCAACAAAAUGUAAAAGUUGAACAGCAUAGUAGGUUUGUUCGUUAAACCUCCAAGUCAAUAGGUUAUAUUGGACUGUAAAACUUUGGAACUGAGUUUUUUAGAUAAACUGUUUGGGGGGAAUCAUUUUAGAUUGACAGAGAAGUCACGAAGAUGGUGUGGAGUGUCCCCGAACGCCUCACCCCGUUCCUCCCAGUGCGAGCAUCUCCCACCACCGCGGUGCAGUGGUCAGCACCACGAGACAAACACAGGGGCUUACGACUAACCGAACUCUGCACUUCCUUCAGGUUCCACCCGGUUUUCCACUCCUGUCCUUUUUCUGUUCCAGGAUACCAUUGGGGAUGUACUCAGAGCACUUUGUGAAACUGAAUUUUUAAAAAGAUUUUAUUUAU